AUGGGGAAAGCUAAGGUCGCACCACGGGAAAUCGAGCGCCGACACGCUCUCACUCCCCCUCUACCUCCGUCAUCCCAGAUCACCAAGGACUACCAUCAAAGGGCAUCAACGUUAGCCCAAAGCGAUCGCGCUUCUUCAAGUUACCCCAAGAACUACACGACCAGACACACCGGUACCUUUCCAUCUGGCGAAGACCGCUCAUCAUCUGUCAGCGCAAGCGGUUUAGAGGAGGAUCUUUCGCUCAUCUCUACAUCCAGCCUCAGAAGGACCUGGAGAAAGACGGGCUCCCAGUGCAUACCCGGAUUUGGCCUCACACUACCCGUGGCCGGCGGAAAAUCUUCGGGCUUCUGGUACACCAAGGCCACAGAAAUCCUUUACGCCGAAAACACCUUCUACUUCAGCGGUGGAAUCCGUCCACCCCAGUUUAUCCAAAUCCUGCCUCCCGCACAACUGAACACGACCCGACACAUCACGCUUGAAUGCCCGGAAUAUUUGAGCUACAACGACAGGGCGAGUGGGUUGCUUUGGAGAGAAAUGAUCAACGCUGCAACUCAAUUGAAGGGCCUUCGAGCUGCUACGGUGAUUCUUUCUCCUCGGCGAGAGGAUUCUCGCGAAGUAGACGACUUGGAGGUUCUCCGAGGAGCUCGAUUUGCGGGGCUGAAGAUCUUCAACGUGCAAAAAUGCCCUGUUUGGGAGCCUGCCGCCGCACAAGCCGUAGCUGAAGCUUCCACCCAAGCUGCGACAGCAGAGGAGACUGCCAGACUGCCAGACAAAAUCGAGACACUAGGGGACAACAAGCUCGCGCUCGUCCCCGACAAGCUCAAUUUCCCAUACACCAGUGCUUUUACCAAGUUGCCUUGCUUUCUUUCCAAGGUGACAAUUUUCUCCCAAGUUGUUUUGCUCCACCGGAGACUGAGCUUGGCAGAGUAA